GACUCAGUCCUUUACUUUGCCUCUUCCUUGAUGGGCUUCAAACUGCUUUAAGAACAGAUCGUUGGCUUGUAAAGGAAAAGGGUUUGGAUCAAAUCAUGGACUGAGUUCGUUUUAGCUCAAUCCCAUUUUACCUCCAUUAGAUUAUGGGCCUGGAAGACCUUCAUCUUAAACCCUUUCAUCUUUAGUAAACCUUUGGCUAGGGUUUAAGGCUAACAUUAUCCAAUUAUUCUUCUUCAUCAUGACAUUGUGAACCAUCCAUGGCGGUUUCGGGGUUAAGCUUCGCAUGCAAACCUCAUCUCUCUCUUCGGCCUCCCCUCUUUCACUGCUUCCACAAAAUUCGGUUCGGUUCCGUUGCUGCAAUUGAGACGCUUGAUGAACCAGAAACUUUUAUCAAAUACAACAACAGUCAAAGCUCUGACCUUUCUACUGAAAAAAAUGAUUAAAAAAAUUAAACUUUUGGGUGUUCAAGUGAGUGGAGAGGACAGCAAGUUGCCACAGUGGAAGAAGCUGAAUUCUCAGGAUCUUGGGAUUAACACUUCAACCAUUUCCAGGCCAACAAGGAAAGUUCUUAAUGGACUCAAAAGAAAGGGGUAUGAGGUAUACCUUGUAGGAGGUUGUGUACGGGAUUUUAUUUUGAAUCGAACACCGAAGGACUUUGAUAUAAUAACUACAGCAGAACUUAGAGAGGUGAUGAGGGCAUUUUCACAAUGUGAAAUAAUUGGAAAACGGUUUCCUAUAUGCCAUGUGCACAUCGGUGAUACAAUAGUGGAGGUUUCAAGUUUUAGCACAUCCAGACGGAAUUUUGAGAGGGGCCUUACCUAUGAACUUGGAAGACCUGCUGAAUGUGACGAGAAGGAUUUUGUUCGUUGGAGAAAUUGUUUGCAACGGGACUUUACAAUUAACGGGUUAAUGUUUGAUCCAUAUGCAAGGAUAAUUUAUGACUACAUGGGAGGAAUUGAAGAUAUUAAAAAGGCUAAAUUACGAACUAUGGUUCCUGCAAGUACUUCAUUUCAAGAGGAUUGCGCUCGCAUACUACGUGCAAUAAGAAUUGCUGCCCGGUUAGGCUUUAGUUUUUCUAGGGAAACAGCUCAUUUUGUCAAAAAUCUGUCUUGCUUGAUAUUGAGUUUGGAUAAGUCAAGGCUUCUGAUGGAAAUGAACUACAUGCUGGCAUAUGGUUCUGCAGAAGCUUCUUUGAGAUUGUUAUGGAAAUUUGGACUCUUAGAAAUACUUUUACCUAUUCAGGCUGCAUAUUUUGUUCGCAAUGGCUUCAGGAGGCGUGAUAAGAGAUCUAAUAUGCUCUUGUCAUUAUUUUCUAAACUGGACAGACUUCUGGCACCGGACAGACCAUGUCACAGUAGUUUAUGGAUUGGAAUUUUAGCAUUCCAUAAAGCACUUUCUGACAAACCUAGAGAUCCUUUGGUUGUCGCGGCAUUUAGCCUUGCUGUCCACAAUGGUGGAGAUAUAUUGGAAGCAGUAAAUAUUGCCAGGAGGAUCAAUAAAUCACAUGGCAGUAGCUUUCAUGAACUCUCAGAACCAGGGAAUCUAGACAACCAGGCAUUAACUGAUGAGGUUAUGGAUCUUGCUGCAUCUGUAAAAAGCACAUUGUGCAUGAUGACUGAUGAGUAUUUUGUCUCUCAGGCAAUGUCAGCAUACCCUCAAGCCCCAGUCUCAGAUCUGGUAUUUAUACCAUUGGCGUUGUAUUUGAAAGUCUGCAAGGUCUUUGAGUGCAUCAGAGAGGGUGUGGAGAAGGGAUUUGUGGCAAAGCAAGGCAGCAGGAUUGACUAUGAGAUGUUAGCAGUAGGAAGCUUGAGGGAAGUUCGACAUACAUUUGCUAGGGUUGUUUUCGAUACUGUAUACCCUCUUAACCCAACAUGAACUAAGAUGCCGCAUGGUAAGUGGUUGUAUGCCAUGGGAAAGAAACUCUCAAAUUGUUAUAUGGUAAAAUAUGUUGAAGCCCCAUUUUGUUUCUUGUGUAUGCCCUGCACAAGUACAUGGAAUAAAUUUACUCAGAAAGCCCAUUCUUUUUCGCCAUGGACUUCACCAUUGAGAAGACACCCUUUCUUGUUCAUCUUGGUCAUGGCAAUUUCUUGUAUUUAUAUUGUAUCUGUUUCAUGUUAAACACAAACAAACACAAUAAUUAUCAUGUCAUAAUUCUAUCAUUACGUUAAACACAA